AUGUGUCCGGAAAAGGAACGCUACAUGAGAGUGGUUCAGAAGCGUCUCAGUUUAUACGAAUGUUCCCAGGAUGGAAGAAUGGCUCCAGAGUUGACAGUCAAAGAAUACAGUCGAAGUGCAGCCGAUCAGGAAGAGCCGCUACCGCAUGAAUUGCGACCGGCAGAUGUACUUCAGCGAACCAUGAAUUACCUCGUUGGAAAGAUUGUGAAUUGCGUUCCAAAGACGGAUGAAGAAUUGGCUCAGUGGUAUGAUUUCCUGUGGAAUAGAACACGGGCUAUUCGAAAGGAUAUAACACAACAAAUGAUGGUCAACGAUACAGCUGUUAGUCUGAUUGAGCAGUGUGUACGAUUGCACACAUUUGCCUCUCAUAGACUUUGCGAAUUGGAUUUUAACGAAUUCGACCAAAAAAUGAACACAGAGAAUUUAUCAAAAAGUUUGCAAAGUCUUCGUUACUUGUACGAAGAUUUGGCGAAGAAAGGGAUUUUCUACCCCAGUGAACCAGAGUUUCGCGCAUAUGAAAUUAUGCUCAAUCUUUCGGAUUCGAAUUGCUGUCUCUGCCACCGAUAUUUCAAUCGUAUGCGCCACCAAGCGAUGUAUGCAUUGUCACAUUCGGUGCAAAUCACUGGCAAGUAUCCGGUGAACAAGUUUAUAGAGCUGUUGGGUUUCGACGAUCGUGAUGCAGUGCUGCAGUUUCUAGAAUAUUAUAGCGAACCGCUGCGAAGAGUCCAUUCCUGGAUUGAGUCGAAACGCAACGGACAGACCCUUACAAAAAUUCUGAGUGGUGGGUCCGAUGUGGAUGUUGUAAUUUCGACUCCAACAAACUCGUUUGACAAACGUGGCGCAUAUGUGUCAGAUGCAGUUCUGGAUAGCUAUAUUAGUGCCAGCGGAACAGAUUUUACCGUGGCAACAAACGAAAAUGAAGUUGUAUCUCAUGCAUUUACAUUAUUUAGCAAAGCAAAUCGUGCAGCGAAUGAAUCAAUUGAUGCAUUGGCUGAAAAUUUAGCAGCAGAAAUUAUAAACGCUGAAGUUGGAAGGAUAUGUAAGCUAAUAUAUAGCAAGUCAUUGGCACAUCCAUUAACCACGACGCUUUUCAACCAAAUUUUUGAAGACUGCUUAAAAUCCUGUUGUAAAGAGGUAAUGAUGGCUGCCAAGCUUCAUCAUCGGCAUAAAUUAGCGGGCGAUGCAGUGAGGGAUAAAAUUCGAUCGCUUUGGACUUCCAUGAGCGAUUCAAUUUUGGAUGAAGUCAUUAGUACUGCUGUUUGCAGUGCCACUAAAACAACAGUCAGAGACUGUAGAAGGAUUCACAAUGAGCAGCUGCUGGAUGUUGUUGCAAAAAGUUUGCUGGAUGCUUUGGUGCUUGAAGCAACUAAUAAAUACGUACGAGAUAUAGGAAGAUGUAAAAUAGAUGAGGGUAUAAAUUAUGCAGCUGGACAGGCUCUGGCUGAAGCAGAAUGCGAGCGACUGAAACCGUUUUUGAUUGACGAGGAAUUCCUCGAUGAAAAAGCAGAAGAGAAGAAAAAACCACCCGCGACGUGGACUAAAUCAUUAAGCGAACGGUCGUCAACACUGCUGGAUCAUUUCGAUAAAAAAACUCUUGAAACAGGUAUGAAGAUUGCGCGGCAAAACUUGGAGCGGAUAAAUAAAAACAAACGCAUACACGUA